AGAGAGCAGAAAGUUGAGGAAAUGAUGUGUAAGAGAGGAGGAAGAGGAGGAGGCUGUUCUUCAUAAGCAAGUGCAUGCCAGAGGAACACACACACACACACACACACACGAAGAAGAGCAUCGAUGCCAGAGAGAGGAAGAGGAAGUGAGUGGGUUAGAGAGAGGUGAAGACAGGGUUAAAGACAGAGGAAGACUAGUCAGAGCAUCGUGUAUCUGCUGAGGAAGAGACCAUGUCUUCACAAAAAGAGAUGAAAGACAAGAACCCCUGGAACAUGUCGGUGACCGUCAUCAUCGCCGUCGUGGGCGUCAUAGCCGUGGUCGCCCUGGUGACAGUAAUGGUGGUCCAGAACAUUCCCCUCACUCAGAAGUACAAGUAUGGCAUCGUACUGGACGCCGGCUCCUCCCACACGACCGUGUUUGUCUACCAGUGGCCUGCAGAGAAGGACAACAACACGGGACGAGCCGAACAGAAGUACUCCUGCAAUGUCAAAGGUCCAGGUAUCUCCAGCUAUUCAGCGACUCCCUCGAAGGCCGGGGAGUCCCUGCGAGCGUGCAUGCAGGAGGUGGAGGAAAAUAUUCCCAGGAAAAGACAUGCUGAGACACCGCUUUACCUUGGAGCCACAGCUGGGAUGAGACUGCUGGAGAAGGCCAACAGCUCUGCAUCCGAGGAGGUCUUCAAGUCCGUCUCGGAGACCCUCCAGAAGUUCCCCUUUUCCUACCAGGGUGCCAGGAUCCUCAGCGGCCAGGAGGAGGGUGCCUUCGGCUGGGUGACGGUCAACUACUUGGAUGACCGCCUCAAGCAGGGUCUGAAGACCACGGGGGCUCUUGACCUCGGCGGGGCGUCCACCCAGAUUAGCUUUGUGUCCAAAAUAUUCCACAGCUCUGAGUCACCCGGCAACUCUGUGACCUUCCGCCUCUACGGGAACGACUACAACCUUUACACGCACAGCUUCCUGUGCUACGGGAAGGACCAAGCGCUGAGGAUGGCGCUGGCACACCAGACUCAGGCAAGUCCUCAAGCAGUAUCCGACCCGUGUUUCCACCCGGGUUACAGCGAAACAAAGGAGUACUCGACCCUCUACGACAGCCCCUGCGUGUCGGACAGGAAGCCCCAAGAAGCCCCGCUGACGUUCCAACACCGCGGCAUAGGAAAGUUCCAACAAUGCCAGGAGAUCGUACGAAACCUCUUUGACUCCAGCCAGUGUCAAUACAGCCAGUGCUCCUUCAACGGGGUCUACCAGCCUACCCUGCAGGGGAUGUUCGGGGCCUUCUCCGCCUACUACUACACCAUGAGCUUCCUCAACCUCACCGACACGUCCGUCACUCUGGAUACAGCCAAGGAGAGGAUAGCAAACUUCUGCGCUACGCCUUGGGAGCAGGUGAAGCAGCAGAAUCCCGGCAUCAAGUUGAAGUAUUUAGUUGGGUACUGUUUCGCUGGCACCUACCUCAUCACGCUGCUCACAGACGGAUACAACUUCACCUCAGAGACCUACUCCAGCAUCAAAUAUGUACACCAGAUAAAAGGAAGCGACGCCGGCUGGACUUUGGGCUACAUGUUGAACCUGACCAACAUGAUUCCCGCCGAGGCUCCCGAUAUGCCCCCCCUGCCCUAUGCCGGCUACGUCACCAUCGUCACAGUCAUCGCCUUGAUGCUCUUCUCCAUCUUCCUCCUCUGCGUGUAUUCCUUCAGGCCUCGCUGCACCAAGCCGCCACUGCCGUCGGCACAAAUCAUAUAAACACACACAAUCUAAAGGACAGCAUGGUGGGGUUACGCAUAAGUCUGCACAUGAACUUUAAUGUGAAUGUAAUAAUGUAUAAAUAAAAUAACAUACAUUUAUACACACAUUUUUAUCAUGGUUGGUAAAGUUGUACUUUAAUUUUUAUCCUAUUUUUAAAAAAAUAUCUCAAA